GGCCCGCCCGGGCGCGGCCCCGCCCGCGCCGGACUCCAGCCGCGCUGGGCCGCCCGCGCCCCCGAGGAGCCCCUCGCGUCCCGGUGCGCCGCCGCCGCCUCUCGGCAGGGCCCGCCCAGGCCCGCUGGCCUCGGCCCUUGGGACCACCCGCGCGGGCGCUCCGCCACCGCCUCGCAGCCCUGCGCGCACCGGCUCGCCGCCGCCCGCGCCGGACCCCGCCAACCCUGGGUCGCCGCCCUCGGCGAGAAGCCAUGCGAGACUGGGAAGCACGCUGCAGAUCUAUGGUGGGAAGCUGUCCUUCAACUCUGCUGACACGACCUACAUGCAGGAGACGAGCAGCGAGAUGUUCUUAUACGUCCAAGGCGCGAAGACGCUGACACUGAGCUCAACAGGAGGUCAGCUGCACGGAGUAUGGUCUUCCGAGAACUCCGUCACUGUCUCCGACCGAAGGCUUAAGACAAACAUCAAGCCUCUCAUGAACACCCUCCGGCAGAACAGGGCGGCCGCGAUCUCGAGAGGCGAAGUGCCUGCUGAGCCAGGAGUGGCACAAGGGCUCGAACCGCAAGGCGUACCAGAGGCAGCAGAAGAUAACCCUACAGGAACGCCGCCGGGCACGCUGCGGUGGCUGCUGCGGUCUCUGCGGCCCGUCUCGUACAAUUUCAAGCAGGGCGCGGAUGCCAAACAGGUCCGCUUCGGCUUCAUCGCCCAGGACGUCGAGCGCGUGCUGCCCCAGGUUGUGCACGACAUCAACCAAACUACAGAGAAGGUUGACGGCCAGGAGCCGCGGAAAGGCAUCGCAUACCCAGACCUCAUCGCGGUGAUGACCGCGAUGAUGAAGGACUUCAGCAGCGAGCUGCACGGGGUGCGGGCCCGGCUGGAGGCGGCGGAGGCCGAGCUGGACCGCCUGGACCGCGAGGACCCCAUGGACUUGGGGCCGCUGUGAGGGCACCACCCUCUGCGUCUGCGCUGUCUCGAUGCGGCGCCCUCGCCGCUCCAUCCUCUCGGCCGUUCUUCUGACGUUCUCCAUAUCUAUGUCAUCUUGCGAACCUCCCAAUCAGAACCUUGCUUCAAGCCCAGCCCAGUAGAAUAUUUUUGGAGCUCGCUUGGUCGGCGGGCUUUGCGCCACGCGGCACGGGCAAGCCGAAUUCCGGCUAGCCCCGAAGCUGCACGCGCCGCAUUUUUUAUUGCUGCCGAAAUCUUGGUGGCGCCUUGGUGGCUGUGGUCCCCUCGCACCCCCCUCAUCCUCGGAGCAGCGGUUCCUUUCCUGGAUGCGACAGAAGCCCAGGAUCUCCCGCCUUCCUCGUCCUGAUUGCGGCGAUGUCCGGGGCCUUGCCGUGCAGCGGGCUGUUCUGUGCAUCCGUACGCGUGUGCGGGCGAUGACGCGAGAGGAGGUAGUUGCAUUUCAAUGAUGAUGCGUUGUCGUCGGAGA